CAGGUGUCGUAUCGGCCAAAGAGCCAAAGACUAGAAUUGAUGUAUUGGCUGCAAUGAUGGAAUGGCUCGUUAUUAAACAGUUACUCCUUGUCGGGCUGGAAGGAAUCAUGCAUACGCGGGAUAGCGGCCAUCGUCAGAGUCGACCAAAGAGCAGAUAGGUAAACCUCUCUGGUUAAUAGCAGCAAGAUAAGGACGAAACGAUGGCCCCUGUCUCCACCCCUUGCAACAAGACUUAAAACCUCCAGGACGCGAGAUAUAGCCUUCUCUGGUGGCAUUUCUCAGUAUGGCGGGCCACGCGGUCCUAGAGGCUACGCCUUUGCUUCAGAGUCUAACAUCUCAUGAUGAUAGGGACACGGCGACGGGUUUGUCUGGCCAGUCCUUGCCAGCCAUCGAGCAAGCUUACGAUGCAAAUGCAGGGACAAUCCCACUUCUGGGUUUCUGGAGCGCUACCGCACUCGUCGUCGGGCGGAUAGUAGGUGCAGGUAUCUUCUCGACGCCUGGCGUCAUUGCCGACUCUGUCGGAUCCGUUGGCGCAUCUCUUCUCUGCUGGUGCAUCGGCGCGCUGGCUGCCUUUUGCGGCCUUUUUGUUUGGUUGGAGUGGGCAACGCACUAUCCUAUGAAUGGUGGCGACAAGGUGUACCUUGAAAAAGCAUAUCCUCAGCCACCUGGUCUCACUGCCUACGUCUUUGCCGCACGGGCCCUAUUGCUCGGCGCGACACCGUCAGCAUGCGUCAUUUUCAGUAGCAAUAUGCAAGAUGCGUUUGCUUUGGACGCGGGGCCAGCGCUCCAAAAAGGCAUUGCAGUGGCGGCAUUGACCACCAUUUGCCUGAUGCAUGGCCUCUUUCCACAACUUGGACUGCAUAUCAUGAACACCGUCACGGCGCUCAAGGUGGUCAUAUUGACCAUUGUGGUGCUCGUAGGCGUGGCCGUGUUAACAGGACACACAAGAAUACAGAACCCAGGCACAAAUUUGCAGCCCAACAAGCUGUUUGAAGGUACACACAUGAGUGGAGCUCUUUGGGCGUCUGCGCUUUUCAAGACAUUUAACAGCUUCAGUGGAUGGACCAAUGCGUCUUUCGUACUGGGCGAGGUCAGGGACGCCCGUCGCACAAUGGUCCGCAGCUCUCUUCUAGGUCUCUCUCUCUGCACUGUGCUUUAUCUGCUUGUCAACGUCGCUUACUUUAGCGCCAUACCAAAAGACGAGCUCACCAAGACGAUCGCAGUGGCUGGCCUUUUUGCAAAGAAAGUUUUCGGCUCCUUGGCGGAGAAAGUCGCAUGCCUUUGCAUAGCGAUGAGCGCGCUCGGUAACGUUAUUACCAUCACCUACACCGCGUCAAGGGUCCUCGUCGAGAUCGCACGCGAAGGAAUUCUUCCUGCGCAGGUCGCGUCUAAGUGGCCGCGCAAUUCGCCGCUAAUUGCUCUGUGUGUGCAUUGGCUUCCAGCAAUGCUGACCAUUGUCUUGCCGCCGCCGGGGAAGAUCGCGUACGGGCUCAUUCUCGACAUUGAAGGCUACACCGUAGAGGUCUUCUAUUUGGCCAUCACGCUCGGUCUUUUUGCCAUGAGGGCGCGAGCUUGGGAAACGGCGAGCAUUUCGAAGGAGGUGUUCCGCUGCUGGAACCCGUUUGCAUUCAUUUUCGCGGCGAUUGCAGUCUGGAUGGUUAUCAUUCCUUGGGCGCCGCCAUCUCACACAACGUCGUCACUUCCAUACUGGGCCGCGCCGGCAUGUGGCUUGUGCAUCCUUCUCAUCGGCGCAGCUGCUUGGCGACUUCUUGGACCACCUCUACCUCGUAGCAUUAGGAUCGCAGUCGACCCACAUGAGUAGAGAUAGAUCACAAGCAAGUAUUUCAUCUCCCUUGGAUCGCCAUGUGCCCCCAGCAUACCGGAGGCGAUCCACAUUAAAUGCAUCCGAAUGCCGCACCUGAUUCAAAAUGUAGUCUACAUGAUCUCCUAAACCUGGGCAUUCCUACGCG